AUGCCUGAAGGGACUAGUGGCGAAACCAAGGCCAAGGCGUCUUGCAAGCCACAACUACUUUCGGACCGCGUCAUCACCAUCCUCGACGAUUUUAUCAAGGAACAACGCAAGCGCGACUUUUCUUUCCUUGCAAAAUACAGUCACUGCCACGAGAAUGCAAACAGCCUUCUCGAAGUCGAACAGGCCAGUCAAUCCGAUAUUGCAGCUAUCAAGAAAAAAGAUGAUGACUUUGAAAAUACCGGCUGGUACACCUUCACUGAGCCGAUUCACAAUUUGCGUCGCACGGUCGCCAUCAGCAUUCUGGACCAAGAUGAUAUCAAGAUCGAGACCAUGACAAUUGGGACGGGGGCAAGCAACAUGCGUGAUGCAGCAUCGUGGAUUUGCGACACCUACUGCACCAAUUUCCAAAAGACAUGGCCCAAGAAGUUUUCCGUCGUACAAUAUGAAGAGCAAAGAAAGUGGUGGGCAAUAACGGGUAAAUUCUUCAAGCUCCUUCAACUCCCCCUCGAGUUGCGCGAGGAAAUCUACCGCCACGUCAUGGAACCCGUCGUUGUGCCUGACGUCGUGACCGAGGGCACAAGACGCUUCAUCUUUGGCGUCGGACACUCCUUGGGGCCCGCCAGCGUUGCCGAACGCAACCGUGACCCAGAAGUGCCCCGCCCCAACCUGAACAUCAUCUACGUCAACAAGCAGGUGGGCAGGGAAUCCAGCGCCGUGGCAUGUCGUGAGUCCAUCAAGCGGUUUAGUGCGCUACGCUCAUAUCUCGGCAGGGGCCCCAGACUCUUCAUGCUCAGGAUCUGGCAGCACGCCCUGAGCAUGCCACGGGAGCUUGCUCUCCAAACAGGUUUCCUGCGCCACAUCCAGCUCGAAAUGGAUGCCAUGGAGUAUUUUGCCUGCAUUGGGAUCUAUCCCAACAACAGAUAUCCGCUUCGUACUCAGGCUCCGCAUACCAUGAAGCUCACUGAGCUGGCACUGUUGCACGGGCUGCAGACGCUCGAUCUGCGGUUUAUCAGUCCGAAGCAUCGGCUCGCGCGGUGUCCCUGGGCAAUGGCGAGUUCCCAGCGCAGGCCGCAUUCUUGCCAGAAAAAUUGGAUUGAGUUUUGGAUUGUCAUGGCGUGGGAUACGCUGCGUAAUCUUCGUACGACCAAGGCCGUUCGGAUUAGUCUGAGUGGCUGCGUCAAGACGUCCACGGUGGACUUUUGGGGGCCCAGGCUUAAUGCUGUGGGGGAUGUGGAUACGGAAAUGGUGGAGAGCAUGAAGCAGAGAAUCAAGGAGGAGAUUCUCCUUCGGAGUCACAAACGUGAAGUGCUAUUUCCGUGUCACUGCACGUAUCCGUGCGCGGGUACGAGUGCGGAUUUGCCGGUCAAUUUCAAGGAUGACGAGGACCCGCAGUUGGAGUCUGUCGAGGGGUGGCAGGGUAUACUUGAUAAGGCUUAUUGGGAUUUUGACGAUUGA